AUGGCCAACUUUCUCAACAACAUCAUCGGCUCCAAGCCUUCGUCUUCGGCCGCCGCUGGCGAUGCCGACUUCGCCGACUUCGCGGGCGCUCCUGACCCCAGCCCGGCCUCCAUUUCGCCUGUCAGCUUGACGGGAGAGGGUGCCCCGGACGCUUUUGCGACCGACGUCGCUCGUCCCUACACCAAGUGGUACCGCGUCUGGGAGCGCACAACCCCCGCCGACUUCUACCAGGAGGCCUUCAUCCUGCCCGUCAUCAUAGUCAUCGUGCUGCUGCAUGUCUGGGGCACCAAGGCGAACAGGCGCAAGGCGCAAGCCUUCGUCAAGGCGCACGCGCCCCUUCUGCGCCAGGAAUUCGCCAGCGUCGGGUACUCCGGCCGCAAGGCGCCGUCGGUCGAGGAUGUCCAGGCCAGCGGUCUCGCGAAGCUCAGCGCUGAGGAUCUUGGAAACGGCGACGAGCUGCUGAAGGAGGUCUCGGCCAACGAGUACUCGGUCUACGCUACUGGCCGCCAGAACGCGGCUUUCGUCGACAUCAAGCUGUCGCUGCUGAAGCGCUACAACCCUCUGAUCCGCUACGGCGAGUCCAUUCUUGGCCUUUUCUUCGAGUCCAUGCCUGCCCCUGUUGAGCGCGUCGAGGCCACCAUCUACGCCUUCGACGGCAAGGAGAGCCAGCUCAUCCCCAAUGCCGGCAAGGUGUCGAACUCGACUUUCGACGGUUUCGUUUGGGCUGUUGUUCACAAGAACUUGAUGAAGACCCUGAGGGAUGACCGCUACGAUCUUUCCCUGACCUCCACCAAGGAUCACCCCAAGCUUCCCAUCUGGUACACUGUCAUGAGCGAGAGCGCUGAGAUCACCGAGACUCUCCUUACUCCGGAGCUUGUGAAGGCUAUCGAGCAAGCCGGUGAUUCGCUCGAGGCCAUCAUUGUCUCCGACCAGCCUCUGGAUCAGCCCAAGAAGCUCGAUGACAUCGUUUCCCGCAAGCGCGUCUCUCUGUCCUUCGCUCUGCCGUCCAACAACGAUUACUCGCACAUCCUGCCUCUGUUCCAGUACUUCCUGCGCAUGCCCGACCAGCUCGUCAACGUCGGUCACUUCCGCCCCGAGGCGCUGCGCCGCGUUAAGCAGACGCGCGAGGACGAGAUUCGCAAGAUCAAGAAGGCCGAUGAGGAGGGCAAGGCCGAGGAGAGGAAGCUGGAGGCCGACAAGGCCAAGAGGGCCGAGCGCGACAGGAAGCUCAAGAACCUGAGCGCCGAUGAGCAGAGGAAAUACCUCGAGAAGGAGAGGGAGAAGGAUCUCCGCAGGAGCCAGAGGAAGAGGGUCAUGAGGGCAUAG